GGGUACCAUCCCCUCCACCCCCCCUCAAAGCAGAUUCCUAACCCCCCCAGUAAUUCAUCUUGAUCCCCGAUCCUCAUUUGGUCCUGCGUAGCUUGAGCACGUCUGGUCAAAAUGUCUCAAUCAGGAGCAACGGUCUCGCAGGAGUGCGUCUCCCACUUCAAUGACCUCAAGCUUGCGAAGAAGUACAAGUACAUCAUUUUCAAGUUGUCCGACGACAACCGGGAGAUUGUUGUCGAGGAAGCGUCUGCAGACAACGACUGGGAAGCCUUCCGUCAGAGGCUCGUCAACGCUACCACUAAGAGCAAGUCUGGCGCCGUCGGCAAGGGUCCCCGAUACGCCGUGUACGACUUCGAGUACAGCCUUGCCAGCGGAGAGGGCUCACGAAACAAGAUCACCUUCAUCGCGUGGUCGCCUGAUGAUGCGAACGUCAUGGCCAAGAUGGUGUACGCCUCGUCGAAGGAGGCCCUGAAGCGCUCUCUGAAUGGCGUAGCCACCGAACUGCAGGCCAACGACCAGGACGACAUCGAGUACGACACAAUCUUGAAGGUGGUCAGCAAGGGCCUGGCCGGCUAAGCGCUAUCGUCGACUUUCCCCGAAACUCGGCCCACCCGAGUCAGCCGUGAUGGAGCUUUUGGAAGAUGGCUACUUUGAGGGGCACCCGCGUGCCAAGGUCCACGACGAACCAUCUAGGUGCA